UUCACUCGCCGGUGACCAGACCGGGCCGCUCUCAGGGUUGGGAGCUGAUAAAGGUGGCGAGGGUGGGCAUACCCCACGCGGACGCCGCUCUCCGCUCGGUGUACUGGCUCUCUUCGCUCUCUUUCGUCUCCUCAUGCCGGCCGCCCAUGAUCUGGUCUUGUUCCUGGCAUUGGCUUCCCUCGGAUCCCGCAGCAGCCUUCGAGUGAUCGCGGGGGAUUGUCCCCUGGACUUUAGUUGGUCAAACUACACCUUAGCGUCUUCUGCUUGCUCAAAUCAAAAUGAGCGAGGCAAUUGCUGCCGUUAUAUUAAUGCAUUUGUUGCGAUUUCUAUUGCUCGAUUUGCAAAUGCAACUGGCAGGCUUGGAGUUCCGCCAGCAUUCACUGAAGUCUGCCUUAGUUCCAUUUCAGAAACCUUCGACUUAUAUGGCAUUCCAGCUGAUGCCACUGCUUUUUGUGGUUUGGGACCAAAAAUUCGAGUUUCUUAUCAAUGCCAGGGUAGAACAACUGUGUUGGAAAUGAUGCAGUCCCCCAAUUUUAGUGAUGUUAUUGAAACUUGUAAUGUGCCCCUUUCAUUAGAUAAUAGUUGCAAGAGGUGCCUAAACUCUGGCAUUGUAUACCUUCACCACCUCAUAGCAAUAGAUGAUAAUGUCACAUUAAGUGUCUGUCGCGAUGCAGUUUUUGUGACACUUGCAAACCAAGGUGGCAAAUUUUCUGCUGUUGAUAUGGCCACUUGCUUCUUUGGUGUUCAAGGGCUCACUGUUCUUCCAGUGUCAUCCUCUGAAUCAUCUACACCUACAUCUCCAAAUUCUACAUCUUCUCCAAGUUCUGUUUCUGCUCAAGCUCCAAGGCAACAUCUAAAUGCCAUUCCUAUCAACAAAGUUCAUCACACCUACCACCUUACGCUGAUUCCAGGAAUUGGCAUUGGGGUCAUAGGGCUGACAAUUCUGUUGCUUCUGAUCUUGAUAAUGCUUAUUCGUAAGAAAAGCAGAGAACUCAAAAAUGCAGAUACUCCGAUAGAGAACUCAUGGGAUGCUUUCUCAUUGCCAAGCACUCAAGUCCGGAGGUGUCAAGAAGGUCCGUCAACAAUGUUUCGAAGAUUCACCUAUGUGGAGAUAAAGAAGGCAACAGAAAAUUUCAGCACUGUUAUAGGCAAAGGUGGGUUUGGAACUGUCUACAAGGCUCAAUUUGCAGAUGGCUCCAUAGCCGCUGCAAAGCGUAUGAACAAAGUUUCCAAGCAGGGUGAGGAAGAGUUCUGCCGGGAAAUUGAGCUUCUUGCCAGACUGCAUCAUCGCCAUCUUGUUGCUCUCAAGGGUUUUUGUGCUGAAAGAAAUGAGAGGUUUCUGGUGUAUGAAUAUAUGGAGAAUGGAAGUGUUAAGGAUCAUCUUCAUUCAUCAGGAAGGAAUAGAUUAAGCUGGAGGACUAGGUUACAAAUUGCGAUUGAUGUGGCCAAUGCUCUGGAGUAUCUCCAUUUUUUUUGUGAUCCUCCCCUAUGCCACAGAGACAUAAAGUCGAGCAAUAUUCUUUUGGAUGAGAAAUUUGUGGCUAAGGUCGCGGAUUUUGGUCUUGUGCAUGCUUCGAGAAAUGGUGCCAUCUGCUUUGAGCCAGUAAAUACAGAUAUUCGUGGAACUCCAGGAUACAUGGAUCCUGAAUAUGUGGUGACUCAAGAGCUGACAGAGAAGAGUGAUAUAUACAGCUACGGCGUGCUAUUGCUGGAACUGGUGACCGGGAGGAGAGCCAUACAAGAAAACAGGAAUCUGGUCGAGUGGUCUCAGCAAUUCAUGGCAACAGAUUCAAGGUUAUCGGAAUUGGUAGACCCCGCCGUUAGGGACUCAUUUGAUUUUGAGCAGCUGCAUAUGGUGGUAGGGGUUGUGCGGUGGUGUACCCACAGGGAAGGGCGAGCAAGGCCCUCGAUCAAGCAAGUGCUCAGGGUGUUCUCCGAGCAUUUGGAUCCAGCGCAAAAUGGCUUCUCUGGAAAUGAAGGCAGCGAUGGUUAUGGCAGUGGGGGGACUAGCAAAGCAAUAAUACACAAAAACGAGGUGGUUCCCUAUAGCGGUGACGGAAGGUGUCUACAAUCGUCGUCGAGCACUUCGAGAUCCUAUUGUAGUCGGAGCAUCUUGCUGGAGAGUGGUUCGCCACAAUCUCCCCCCGGCAUGAUCUCUCUUUAAUUUCUCUUCUUUAGUUCUAUCGCUAUUAUGUGGGUCGUGGCUUUUUAAUCAGAGGACAAGCUCAAUGGCAAGUUGUAACAAAGCAAAGGUUUGGCGAUGUUCCCGAACAAUAUAAUCUGUUGGAGAAAUGCUUAGAAUUUCUGCAGCAGUUUAGAUAGCUGAGAGUGCUGCAAAUGUAUAUGCUUGUUGUAGCUUCUGGUGCUUUUGACGAGGUUGCGUUUGUAUCUGAUUAUUA